AUGGAAAUCAUGAUGCAAGCAAACCUCUCUGCGAAUGUAGGAAAACAAACUGAAAGUCUCCUUCAGCUGAGAUGCGUGGCAGAAUUGACAGAUGGAGUACACAAACAGUUAAUAUUUCUCGCAGUGAUAAACAUUUUUCUCUCCAUUACUGCGUUUCUUGGGAACACUCUGAUCCUUGUCGCUCUCUACAAGGAAAGUUCCCUUCAUCCGCCAUCCAAACUCCUGUAUCGAUGUCUGGCAACAACAGAUCUUUGCGUUGGCCUCAUAACUGAGCCUUUUCAAGUCGCUUACAUUUUUUCACUAGUUCAGGGGGACUGGAAACUUUGUCGCCUCGCAUUAACCACAGCUUUUUUAACGGGCUACUCUCUUUCUUCAGUCUCUCUGUUAACAAUGACAGCGAUAAGUGUGGACAGACUUCUCGCCCUCUUGUUGGGUCUGAGAUACAGACAAGUUGUGACGCUGAAGCGGACAUAUGUACUAGUAAUCAUACUGUGGGUUAAGUCAAUGGUCGCUGGGACAUCGUUCUUUAUAAAUCAUCGUAUAGCUGUCUGGUUUCGCUAUAUCAUUGUACCACUUUGUCUUGUAACGUCAGCGAUUUCCUACACAAAAAUUUUCUGGACUCUCUACCAUAACCAAAAUCAAGUGCAAGUGCAUGUUCUACAGCAGCCGAGCCAACCAGCUCCACUGAACAUGGCGCGAUACAGAAAGGCAGUCUACAGUGCACUGUGGGUGCAGUUGGUAUUAGUCGUUUGUUAUUUGCCGUUCACAAUAGCCGCAACCGUUCUUCCAAGCAACAGAUUAUCUUCAUCACAAUUUAUAGUGCAGACCUAUACAGUGACCCUAAUUCAUCUAAAUUCUUCACUCAACCCGUUGCUUUAUUGUAGGAGGAUCAGUGGAGUGAGACAAGCAGUGAAAGAAGUCAUCAGGCACGCUCUUUGUUGUCCUCGCGAGUAG